GAGCGGGGAGGCGGGGCCUCGGGGUGAGCGCGGGGCCUGGAGGAAUGUAGAUUUUCAUCCUGGAGAGGACAUCGCUUCGUGAGACUUUGAUUUAGUCCACUGAAAAUGAAGCAAGAUUCUACUAGAAACGCUGCUUACACUGUGGAUUGUGAAGAUUAUGUGCACGUGGUAAAAUUCAAUCCAUUUGAUAGUGGAGAUGCAUGUUCCCUCAUUGCAUAUGGUGGCAAUAAUUACGUUGUUGUUGGGGCAUGCAGAUUUCAGGAGGAGGAUGCAGAAGUGGAAGGCAUGCAGUAUAAGACACUGAGAACAUUUCAGCAUGGAAUCCGAGUUGAUGCCAUAGCAUGGAGUCCAGAAACUAGACUUGAUGCUUUACCUCCUCAGAUAAGGUUUUGUACUGCAGCUUCUGAUAGGAAGUUACGGCUAUUUACGUCAGACCUGCAGGACAAGAAUGAAUGUCAGACAUUUGACGGCCACUCAGAUUACAUUAAUGAUUUGGUGUUUUCUCCCAAAGAAGGACAAGAAAUUGCAAGUGUAAGUGAUGAUCACACCUGCAGGGUCUGGGAUUUAGAAGGAAAUGAGAAGGCCCAUUUUGGUUUACGUUCUCCUGGAAUGAGUGUUUGCUGGCAUCCUGAGGAGGCUUUUAAGUUGAUGGUAGCGGAGAAGAAUGGAACAAUACGAUUCUAUGAUAUAAUUACACACCAGAUCAUUCUUUCUCUAAAGUGUGAACAAAUGCCGUUGAUGUCAGCAGACUGGUGUUUAAAAAAUGCUUUUAAAAUUGGAGCAGUUGCUGGAAGGGAUUGGCUAAUCUGGGAUGUCACUUGCUCCAGUUAUCCACAGGAUAAAAGACCCGUCCAUGUUGAUCGAGCCAGAUUAUUCAGUUGGUCCCAAGUGAAUGAAAAUCUGUUUGCAACCACUGGAUACCCAGGAAAGACAACUACUCAACUGCUUAUUCAUCAUUUAGGACACCCCCAGCCCAUUCUUACUGGCACUGCAGCUGUAGGAUCUGGUUUGACAUGGCAUAGAACUCUUCCAUUAUGUGCGGUCGGAGGAGAUCAUAAAAUUUUCUUCUGGGUAACCGAAAUGUAAAAUAAGCCUUUGACUUCAAUAUGAAACUUUACAGCAUAAUGUCCUUAUUUUCUAGUAAAAUGAGCAAAUCUACUCUUCAUUACUGGUAUUUAUUCACUUGGAGAACAUAAGAAGGGAACGAAUAAAGUAUGAAACAUCUGUGUUUAUGGUUUUUAGGUUGCAAACACAAGAGCUUUUCUAAAACCUUUGAUAUUUGAUUACUUCCCUUGAAAUAAAAUUUACACUUUUUUAAUGUGGUAUUU